ACAACAGUGUGUCUAACCGUCCGGCAUCGAUGGUUACUGGUUCGUGCUCUGUUUGUUUUGUUUUCAGUUGAUCGCGAGACGGUGGAUGGCCAGGUGCUGCUCCAGUGCGCGAAAAUUCGAUGAAAAAUCAAAGGAGAAGUGAUGGUAUUUCGUGGAUAAUCUUCACUUUUCAGUUUGAUAAACUUUUAAGUAUUCCGUUCGAGAGCGUGGAGGUUGCCGAUUUUGACGCAGUUCUGCUAUGGUAGUCUCUGAACCUCUAACCAACAACCAAAACGUCCAUACGAGCAAAACUCCACCAAGUACGUGAACCGCAAGAAUCCGACAUGGCCCAGAACAGAACCCUGCUGCUCACCCUCCUCACCCAGGUGUUAUCGGCUCGCGGCGAGGAUUGGGUGUCACAUCCCCCCUUCUCCCACGUGUCAGACGACUACCAAGAGGACUCCUACACCACGGCCUACUUGAACGUCACCAAGUUCGACGAGAACGGCGGCUGGUCUUGGGACAAGACGGAAGUGGGGCGGUACGGUGGCGGUUUCGUGGGACCAGCUUCCGGUUUGAUCAUCCACGUGUCUUCUGCCUUGGAUCCCAACGACCACUCGGGGUGUGAGAUGCCUCUGAUGAGCUCGAGGGACGAUAGGAGGUUGCCACCUCCUGGCGAGCCUUGGAUAGCCCUGAUCAGGAGGGGCAAGUGCAAUUUUGAGGUUAAGGUGGAGAAUGCGUACAAGAGCAAUGCUGCAGGUGUGCUGGUGUACAACGACAGGGACUCUUCGACGUUGGAUAAGAUGAAGUUGGCGCAGGAUUCUGGACGAAAUAUCUGCGCUGUGUUCACUUAUAAGUGGAAAGGUGAAGAGUUGGCAACAUUGACAGAAAAAUCCAGAGGUGUAUUGGUACAUAUCACAGUAGCGUCCAAAACUACUUCGAGGGCAGCGAAUAUAAACAGAACAUCAAUCCUGUUCGUUUCCGUCACUUUCAUCAUCCUGAUGAUCAUCUCUUUGGCGUGGCUUGUGUUCUACUACGUACAGAGGUUCAGGUAUAUACACGCUAAAGAUAGAUUGUCGAGAAAACUAGGAAGUGCCGCUAAGAAAGCACUGGAUAAGAUACCCACGAAAAACAUCAAACGUGAAGAUAAGGAAGUGCAAGGAGAGGGAGAAUGUUGUGCCGUGUGCAUUGAAAGGUACAAACACAACGACACCUUGAGGAUACUUCCUUGCUCUCACGAGUUCCACAGAGACUGCAUAGAUCCCUGGCUGCUUGAACACCGCACCUGUCCAAUGUGCAAGAUGGACAUCCUCCAGCACUACGGAUUCGUGUUCACAGGAAGCCAGGAGAGCAUUUUUCAGGUGCAUGCCGAAGAGAUAGCCAGCCUGGACAGCGACAAUCCAGACAUUUUGGUGGGGGAGAUAAGUCCUCUUCCAGAAAUUAGGGCGGUUGCCAUCUUGAACCACAAUCAGAUGGACUUUUCGGACUUCUCACCUGGUGGCAACACCAGUCGAGCCUCUAGUCCGAACGAGAUGGCCCCCCCUCUGAACCAGGACAGUUACAUGCCUAUCAGGAUAUCUAGCUGGAGUUCAAGCUCCUCAAGGUCCAGCACCAGGAAGUCCUCUGCUGCCUCAAUUCACCAUCCCUUCGACAACGGAGAGUUUUAAGUGCUUUAUUGAGUGCGUUGUGUACUUGAACGUUUGGUUCUAGAACUUUUUUUUUCUUUUGGAUAUUGCAACAAUCCAGUGUGUGCUAAAAGGAAAGGUGCCUAGGCCGGUUUUUAAACAUUUAAAUUACUGCCAAUUACUUUGGAAAUGAUCUCCAAUCCCUCCUUUAUUUUUGAACAAGUUAUGUUUUUUUUUACCCAUUUAUGACGGUUGUUAAAUUCUUUGGUUAUAGAAACGCAAUCUUUUUUGUAUAUCGACAAUGCCAGUACGAAAAUCUUAUACUGGACAAAUUGAAAGAUAAGUUAAAAAUGAUGAAAUACUGUUUUUGAUAAGUACUUAAAUCUCAGAGAAUUGCCUUCAUUCGUUUCAGCCAAGUCACAGUGCUAUACACACCGGCAAAAUUAGGGAGAUUUUUUUAUCAGUUCCUCAUUAAAAGCCUCCAAAAUUGAGUUAUUGGGAAUUUUGGAAAAAUUCUGCCCUCUGGUGGCAUAAACCUGAGGCUUGUAAAAUGGGUAUGCAUCUCCAUAACUGAAAUAUUUCAGUUGUAUAAAAAUCAAUUGGAUAUUUUUUCUUGAACAGUUUGGACUAUUUUAGCAAUUUUUUUUUAAUUGCUGUUCAGAUACUGUUCUCAGGCACUUUGUUUUUUGUUAUAUAUAUAUAGGGGUGAAAAAUAGAAUGGAAAGUUAACUUUUAUUUAGAACAUCCUGUGGAGUAAUUCAUUGACAGACUUAAAUGUUUAGUAAUGCUUCUGAACAUAUUCUUUUUUUAUACAUUGUAAUAUCUUAAUUUUGAGAGAAAUUAAAGCACUUUAAAUGAUGUUAGUAAUUUAUCAACACAAUUAACUUUUUCCUGGAAUUUAUGUACACUUUUGAUUCAGUUUACCAAUUGAAUUUACCUUCAUUUGAGAUUAAAAACAUUAAUUUCUCGUUCAACAAUGGUAUCACCUAGAGGACUUGUAAUGUAUAUAAAAAUUAAGAUAUUGCAAUAAAUAAAAAAAGGGAAAGGUUCAGAAAAGAUGCGGCAACAUCUGAGUGUUCCUAAACAUUCUCAUCUGUCGACUCUUCACUGCACAGGGUGUUCUGAAUAAAACCUAACUUUUCAAUUUUUCAGUUCGCCACCUCUCUAUAACAAAAGAGGUAGUAAAUGAGGUCGGCAUUUGAACAGUUACGUUCCAGAAGAAUAAAGCUACUAUUAAAGAGAAUAAUUGCUCAAAUCUGUCAAAGGGUCGAGAGAAAAUGAAGUACAAACUUAGUUGAGAUUUUGAGCAUUUCGCUAAUUUUGCCGAUGUGUUUAUUUUGCACGCUACAUUUCGAAAAUGUUUCUUGGGAGAGUUUGGUGGUGCUAUUUUUUAUUCUGAAAACUCCCAUUAGUUUACGUUUUCGAGUGGUGAUGUACUUUUUACAAAAUUGGCUGUGUGUGUACUCGAUUGACCAGAAUGUUGGAUUUCUCCAUAUUUUUUGAAAAUUUUGAACCAAUUUCUGAUUGUAAAUUGAAAUGUUUCUUUUGCUUCCUGAUAUUUCCCCAAAAAGUCACUUUCAAUACUUUCUCUUACAUUUAUUCUCAAUUUCGAUAUUGUGUAUAUGAAGAUACAUAUGGUAUAGUGGAAAUUUGGAUAUUCAGAAUGUGUAUGAUUAAAAAUAUUCGAAACGUUGGUUUUUAUCCUUGAAAAUAAUUCAACACCUCUAAAUAUCCCAAUUUUCAUUGAUUAUCCUUAAUCGCAGGUAUUUUGUGAACAUAGGAUGUGAAUAUGACUGGAUUAAGGUUUUAAUUUGUGAUAUAUAGAUGAUAAAUGAAUAUUACGGUGCUUUCUGAACCUAGAAGUAAUGACCCAAGUGUAGCGCCUUUGUGAUGGACUGUAGUGAAGUGUGCCAAAGGACGUUAUGAAUUUUUGUUUGUAUAAUAGUUCAUUUUGACAUUUUUUAUGAUAGACACAUCGAGCUAAAGCGUAAAUUAUAGCCGACCCAAUAUUACUAAUGUUUACAAAUAUUGUAAAACUAAUACUUAAAGGACAGGUCCUGCUUCUGGUAAAGACAAUUUCGAAUGUAUUUUUUCGACAUAAAAAGUUCAUUAUUAUAUAUUUCUCUUCAAAUUGAAUAAAGGCUCCUUCUUAUUA